AUCAAUGAUGGGAUGCAGUGUUAUUUGUUUAAGUCAUAUGUACAAAACAGGUCGGUUAUCGAUGCGAUAAACCCAUCCCCUAUAUACUGCGCAUGUGUAGACCAGGAUCACAUCUUCGUUGCUGCCAGCGAUACAAUGGCCCAACGUGUGGAUGUUGGUGAGUCGGAUAGCGUCACUGACCAGUGUAAAGAUGAAAUCGAACCAGUUGCAAAGCCGGAUAUUGAGAUUGUUCCAGGCUUUCUGCCUAACGACGUAACACUGGUGGUCGAGGAUCAACACCUUCAUGUAAAUGAAGAUUUACUCUCAUCGGCUUCACCUGUAUUUGAGGCUUGGUUUAAGAAAGAGUGGCAAAAAGACGAGUGCACUGACGACACAAAAAGGAAGCUGGAGUUCCCUGGGAAAACAUAUGCUGAGAUGGCCACUUUUCUCAAAUGUCUUUUGCCCAUUUUCGAUGACAAAGUUACAAAUGCAACACUGGAAACUGUACUCCCAUUAGCAGAUGAAUAUCGGACAGGAAACUUGCUCAAAGAAUGUGAGGAAGUCAUCCGAAAGCACGUGGGGUCUGUUUCCGAGUUGGAUAUUUAUAUACCACCUUCACAGGUCGUCACAUACCUACGCUGGAUCGAACAUUAUAACCUUCACACGGUUGAAGAAUGUGUUGUGAGAUUAGGUUCGUUCCUAAAAACCGAAGAGCUAGACACAGUUCCAGACUAUAAAAAGGUCAACCAAAGACUGCAACUGGAUGUAUCUAAUGCCAGGGCCAAGCUACUUGGGAGUCUAUUUGUGAUCGAUCUACUAGAAGCUGAAAGAAAGAUGAAGGAAUUACAAAUCCCUCUCUCUUCUCUCUAUAUGGCUGAAUGGAAACAGAUUAUAGCAGACCAUGUGGAGGUUUUUCUGUCUUUAUCAACAACAUCACCAGAACCGUCUUUUCAACGUUUCUGGGCGAGUAGCCCUUCUUCGGGUUUCAAAGUUUCAAUUGGUAAGUCCAGGACGACGCGAAUCAUCCCAUCGGAUGCUGCUACAUUUGCAUGCAUAUCUUUAUGUGAUAAAUUUAAAUUAUCGCCUACUUAUACAAAAAGCAUCUCGAAAUUAAAGUCACUGGAUCUUAACCCGGGACGUUUCGAAGAACUUUGGUCAAGCUUCUAUCAAAUAACCACCGAAAAUGAACGUGCUGACAUGGAACGACAUUUGCUUGCAAUGUGCAAAUCUACUUGAAAUCGUGAAUUUAAACAACUUUUGUUUCACAGAUUGUAAACAUAGAAAAUAAUCACAACAGGUACUGAAAUCAUAAAAUAUUGACGUCUUAUGAUGAAGUGACUAUAUCAUACUGCGUUUGUCUGUUUGUUUGAUUGUACCCAUACACGAAGUUUUAAAAAAAAUGUUUAUAUCCGCGACGUCAGAUACCGACUGUAUUUUGGUAGUGUAUACUCUUCAAAGAACAGAAAUGUCAAUUUAAUGACGUGAUAUAUUAUAUCAAAAUGACGUCACGUUUCAGAACAUCAGCCGAUUUGGUACUGAACACCUUGAACGCAAACGUUGAUUUCACGCACGCACUAGUCAAUAUUUAAACUAUACUUGUUACAGAACUAGGAUCACUGGUUUCCCAUACGUGGUUAGCGCUAACCGAUAAGUCACUAAAUACUUUUGUUUUUAUGCACUCCCAAGUUAAGACUAAGAACGAAUUGUAGUUCCUAACCGGGGUUAUUAAGUGCAACUUUGUCGGAUAAAGUUAUCCUACAUCAGUGUUCUACAUGAGACACCUGUAUUUUGUAUACAAAAAGGAAAGAGAAGAGCUUUAUCAAUUAUGG